UCGUAUUUUGCUCUCCGCCGAUGAUCUCGUCAGAGAGAAGCGAAGAGAGAGAGGAGGGUAAAAGAGAAGAAGAAAUAGAGAGAGCGAGGAAGAAAGUAAGAUCUUCUUCUCCGCUCUUCCACCGCCUCGCCGCCGUCCUCUCUCCCACCCCUAGCCCCAGGCCGUCUGAUGCUCCUUGGGCGGCCCAGGUCCUGAGUCACAUCGCGCGUCAGGUGUCCCGCAGUAGCCGGCAGAUGGACCCGCCGUCGCCGGAGCGCUACGCGCGGCAGCGCGAUGAGGAGUGCGGCCUCGCCGACGCGGCGGCGGCGGCCCUCGUAGAUGAGGGCGAGAUCACCUGCGAGGACGACGCGUUCGAUAUCCCCGCCAAGAACGCCCCCGUCGAGCGGCUCCACCGGUGGAGGUUUCCGUCAUGGCUUGAUGUGGCUCGGUGCAAUGUAUGUUGCUUCGACGGGCGACGUCUGGGUUUCGUGUGUCUUGAUCGCUUGACGUAUAAGGAUCGGGAGGGUUUUCCAUGUGGGAUUCGUGUGUCAUGAGUGCUUCGCCAAUCUUGGAAUUGGGAUGCACAGGGAUCGAGGGUGGGUUUCGUGCUUCUUGAUUGCUUCUCCAUUCUUGGAGUGGAGACACACAAGUGGGUGGUUGUAUUGGUGCUGUGAGCAAUUAGGGGUCUGUUUGUCUUGGGUGUGUAGAUUUGGUUGCUUGUCUUCUAUUGCUUUCAUCCAAUAUUUGGAUGUUCUUCGUCGCAAGCUGGCAACGCCCAAAACCUACUUUAAUUUGUGGUGUUGUUGUUGAUUUCAACGUCCCAAGAUCCUUGAACACGGUUCCGCAUUUGGUGUAUCGAUGUGCUGCAUUAGA